UUUUUGUUUUCUCGAGGCGUCAUCGAUCAUCAUCGUCAUUGGUCAGUUGACCUCGGAGGAGGAAACAUUGCGUUGCGUUGUCUUUUGGUAAAAUGGCUUAUUUUAAUUUCAAUAACUUGUUCCGAGUCCGAGUGAUAACGAGGUGCUGCAGUACGAACUGGACAGUGAACAAAACUAUGAAUAACAAAUUAAUCUUGUAUGGGGAUGAAGCAUCCCCUCCCGUUCGGUUCGCCCUAAUGGUCGCAUCCGUGUUAAAGAUCAAGUUAGAAUACCAACACGUAGACCUUUUUAAGGCAGAGAAUAAAUCUCCAUUUUAUACAAAGAUUAAUCAACUACAAAAAGUACCCGCGUUGCAAAUCGGCGAUGACGUCAUUUGUGACAGUCAUGCCAUUGCAUUGUACCUGUGCCGCAUCGGAGAGGGACGGCGUCUGUAUCCAAAAAAUCCCAUUACAAGAGCAAAAGUCGACCAGACCAUGUUCUUCAACUCUGGCACGUUGUUUCCGAUUGACAGCUAUAUAUUUACGGAAUAUUUUCGAGGCAAAUGGCCUGCCAAUGAUGUGAAGAUUCAGGAGUGGCAUUCUGCAGUGGAUCGUUUAGAGCAUCUUUUGGUCAAUCAGAUGUGGUUGGCUUGUGACAAGGUUACACUUGCUGAUUUGUGCUGUGCAACUACAGUGAGCUCGCUACAACUAUUGUUACCCCCGUUGGACCGACAUGUUAAAGUUAAGCAAUGGUUAGACAGGUUGCAAAAGCUCUCUUGCUAUGAAAUAAAUUUACGAGGACUAGAGCGACUGAAAAGUUGUAUUUGUAGUUUAGAAUAAAUAUUCGAUUAAUACAAGUAUGUUGGUUAUAUAUUAUUGGAAACCUAACCUCACAAUACCCCAAUAAACAAAAAAAACAACGGGUUGCACUCCGGGAGUGCCGACAGAAGUGAAAACUCAAUGACUAGUCCAAAAUGUCUAGCUGCAGCACUGUAUAAUUGACCCAUCCUCCUUUCUAUCGAAAAACGUUAGUUCCGAAAUUGCUGGUCAGUGAGCUUGUUUAAAAUUCGAAAUUCAGAGCCCUUCAACGUGCACACUAGCGCCACAGCUAAAUAAUCGUGAUUAUUUAAAUUUAACGAAAGAUAUUGAAAAAAGGGGGCCGCUCUUCGAGCAACACCGGCUUCCGACACAUCGGAAGGGAGGGGCCCAAGCGAUAUCUCACCGUACAAAUCUUUCUGCCAUUUUUCGCGGGGGGAAAGGUGCACACAGUCGCACUUCUCACACACUUACAUACAAAAUCCAAUCUGUAAUGACGACACAAAUACAUAGAAAAUGACACACGUCAAAGACAAAUCUUGCAAACCUCGAUCUCUUUUUGUGUACGGACGAGUGACAAGUGUCACAACACGCACACUAACACAUUUUCGUUGAAGUAUGUUAUUGUAUUCCACUUUGUAUUUUGAGAGAUGAGAUGUCGGAUUUGUCCCUCGACCGAUCCGCAAUUUGUACUGAGCGAGCAAAAUCGAUAAAUCCAACAAUUACAUG